CAGUGACUCGGACAAAUUAUUGCCGGUUUUUUUAAUCGAAACGAGUCGCGGAACGGCAGUUUUUUUUUCCUCACGGGGAUUUUACAAAGCAAGCGUGGCUAGCUAACUGAAAGCUAAGAGUAGCUAGUUAUUACUGCGCCGAGUCGGGGCUUUAUAAGUUCUCAUAGUUACGGUUCUGUUUGUUUUGAUGUAAUCAUCGUAAUACGGACACGGUAUCGUCCUUGUCUGAAAUAUUAAUUCGCAACAGGUGGUUUCCCUGUUUUCCCAUGGGCUUGUUUGGGGUUCUUUGAAUUUCCCUCCAUUAGUAAUAAGUAGAUGCAGGCGGGUUAGCGAGGGGCUCGUUCGGUGAUUUGGCUUUUUACCAAAUCAUUAGCCACUUUGUGCUAAUCGUGGCUAGUUAGCCCACAUACGAGCGUAUAAGGCCUAAGGUUAAGUAGCCAUCGUAUUUUCGCAAUUGUCAAAACAACUUUUUUUUUGGGGGUGGGAGGGGGCUUCCUUUUGUUUGGAGUUUGAGUAUUGUCCCACGGCUUUAUUUUGAAUCUCAAAAGGAAACUGCUUGAAUUUCUAUAAUGGAGCCUUACCCGGGAAAUUCUGCCUCGGCUCCUAUUCCCAAGAAGGACAAGAAAGCAAAGAAGAACCAAGAAGAUGGAGAUGGGAAAAAGAAAUUUAAACUCAAACGGCUGUUCCCUGAUGAGUUGGAGCGGUUCACCAGUAUGAGGAUAAAGAAAGACAAGGAGAAGCCAGGCCAAGCGCAGGGUCACCGUCACUCUUCAGCUUCCAGUUAUGAGCUCAGUGCCCAGGCUGCCAUGCUGCAUGACCUGAAUGAUGAAUCUGUCUUGGAUCUCUUCGAACAAAUGCUGGUGGACAUGAACCUGAAUGAGGAGAAGCAGCAGCCUUUGAGAGAGAAAGACAUCGGCAUCAAGCGAGAGAUGGUUUCCCAGUACCUCCACACAUCUAAAUCUGGCCAAUACCAGAAGGAGAGCACUAAAUCAGCCAUUGCAUACAUCCAGGAGCUAAAGGCAGAGUACCGAAACACACAGCUACUGUCCUGUCUGGAGUCUCUACGAGUCUCCCUCAAUAACAACCCUGUCAGUUGGGUUCAAACCUUUGGAGAUGAAGGUCUGACAUGUCUGCUAAAGCUGCUGAGAGGACUACAGGAGGAGAAGGACGAGGACCCUAACAUGGGAGUAAAAUGUCAACACGAGAUCAUCCGCUGUCUCAAAGCCUUCAUGAACAACAAGUAUGGUCUGAAAAACAUGCUGAGCUCAGCUUUGGGGAUCCCUCUGCUGGUCAAAGCCAUCAACUCUAGUGUGCCUCACAUGAUGGUCGAUGCUGUCAAGCUGCUGUCUGCCAUCUGCAUCCUGGAUCACCCCGAAAACCUCCAUGAGCGAGUUCUGGAGGCCAUCACAGAGGAGGCCGAGAAGCGGGACAUUGAGAGGUUUCAGCCUCUACUUGCUGGCAUGAGCAAAUCCAACAUCGCUCUCAAAGGUGGCUGCAUGCAGCUAAUCAAUGCCUUGAUCAGUCGAGGAGAAGAGCUAGACUUCAGGAUCCACAUCCGCUCUGAACUGCUGAGACUUGGACUCCGGGAUCUGCUGACGGAGGUAAGGACAAUAGAGAAUGAAGAACUGCGGGUGCAACUCAGCGUGUUUGACGACCUGGCCGAAGAAGACUCGGAAGAGCUCAAAGCACGCCUCGAUGACAUCCGCAUCGAGAUGGAUGAUGUGAGGGAGGUGUUUGAGAUCCUUUUCAACACUGUAAAGGACUCCAGAGCUGAAAGCUAUUUCCUGUCCAUGAUGCAGCAUUUGUUACUGGUUCGCAAUGAUUAUUUGGCCAGGCCUCAGUACUACAAGUUAAUAGAUGAGUGCAUAGCACAGAUAGUGCUUCACAGGAAUGGUGCAGAUCCUGACUUCAAGUGCCGCAACCUCAGACUGGACAUCGAAGGGUUAAUAGACAACAUGGUGGACCAGACCAAAGUGGAGGCCAGUGAGGCCAAAGCCACAGAGCUGGGGAAGAAGCUGGAUGAGGAGUUGACGACACGCCAGGAGUUGCAGGUGGAGCUGAAGAAGCUGGAGGGGAACUAUGAGCUGCGUCUGCAGGACAUGAGCCAGGAGAAGGAGCAGCUGCUCUCCUCCAAGCUUGAGAGAGAGAGGGAAAACCAGGGUCUGCAGCAACAGCUAAGCAUGCUGCAACAAGAGAAUAAGAAGCUGUCUGAAGACCUGGAAGAAGCCAAGAAAAAUGUUGUCACAAUUACUGUUCCUGCGCCAGGAGCCGGAGUCCCCCCUCUGCCCACUGCCCCCCCUCUCCCUGGCCAGAAUGGUAUGCCCCCUCCGCCUCCACCUCUACCAGGCCAAAUGGGCAUGCCCCCUCCCCCGCCCCCACCACCCCUACCAGGACAUGUGGGUAUUCUUCCUCCCCCUCCCCCCCCUCCCCCUCUUCCAGGCCAUGCAUGUAUGACUUUACCACGUAUGCUGGGACCCCCGCCUCCGCCACCCUUACCUGGGAUGGGACCCCCGCCUCCACCACCCUUACCUGGGAUGGGACCCCCGCCUCCGCCACCCUUACCUGGGAUGGGACCUCCACCUCCGCCACCCUUACCUGGGAUGGGACCCCCGCCUCCGCCACCCUUACCUGGGAUGGGACCUCCUCCACCUCCUCCCCCACCAGGCGGCCCAGGUAUCCCACCUCCACCACCGGGCCCAGGUAUGCCCCCACCUCCACCAUUCGGCAUGGGGGGUUGGGGUAUGUCCGCACCCCCUCAGCUGCCCUUCGGUCUCCAGCCUAAGAAGGAAUACAAGCCUGAGGUCCAGCUGAAAAGAGCCAACUGGAACAAGAUUGCAGUGGAAGACCUCUCUGAGAACAGCAUCUGGACCAAGUCCAAAGAGGGUCGCUUUGAAAACAACGAGCUCUUCGCCAAGCUCACCCUGACUUUCUCCUCUCAGACCAAGACCAAGAAGGAGCAGGAAGGAGGGGAGGAGAAGAAACAGGGACAGAAGAGGGUGAAGGAGCUGAAGGUGCUAGACUCCAAGUCUUCUCAGAACCUCUCCAUUUUUCUGGGUUCGUUCCGCCUGCCCUAUGAGGAGAUCAAGAAUGUCAUCCUGGAGAUCAACGAGAAAGUCCUCACAGAGUCCAUGGUGCAGAACCUGUUCAAGCAGCUACCAGAAGACGAGAAACUGAGCAUCCUGGGAGAGAUGAAGGACACAUAUGACGAUUUGGCUGAGGCUGAACAGUUUGGAGUAGUGAUGUCCACUGUGAAGUGUCUAAAACUACGGCUCCAGGCCAUUCUCUUCAAGCUGCAGUUUGAGGAGCAACUGAACAACGUGAAGCCAGAUGUGGUAUCUGUGGCAGCAGCCUGCGAGGAGGUGAGGAAGAGCCAGGCCUUCGCCAAGCUGCUGGAGCUCAUCCUGCUAGUUGGCAACUUCAUGAAUGCCGGCUCCCGUAAUGCCAAGGCCUUUGGCUUCACCAUAUCAUACCUUUGCAAGCUUCGUGACACCAAGUCAGCUGACCAGAAGCAGACGCUGCUCCACUUCUUGGCUGACAUGUGUCAGGAGCAGUAUCCUGAUGUCAUGAGCUUCCCUGAUGAGCUCCUCCACGUGGAGAAAGCCAGCAGAGUAUCAGCUGAAACACUUCAGAAGAGCCUAGAUCAGAUGAAUCGACAGAUCAAGAACCUGGAGAAAGAUCUCAAAACAUUCCCUCCUCCGCAGAGUGACAGGGACCUAUUUGUGGAGAAGAUGUCCAUUUUUGUGGGCAGUGCCCAUGAGCAGUAUGAGAAGCUGGAUAUGAUGUACAAGAAUAUGGAGAAGCAGUACAUUGACCUGGGAGAAUACCUUGUUUUUGACCCCAAGAAGAUCUCUGUAGAGGAGUUCUUUGGAGACCUCAACACCUUCAAGAACAUGUUUCAGCAAGCGGUGAAGGAGAACCAGAAGCGGAGGGAGUCAGAGGAGAAGAUCAAGCGGGCCAAGUUGGCCAGAGAGAAAGCUGAGAAAGAGAAGGAGGAAAAAAUGAAGAGGAGCCAGCUCCUUGACAUCAACGCAGAAGGUGAUGAAACUGGUAUCAUGGAUGGCCUCUUGGAGGCGCUGCAGUCUGGUGCUGCCUUCAGGAGGAAGAAAGGACCACGGCAAGCAGCCAACCACCGAAGAGCUGGGCAUGCAGUGACUAACAUCCUGGCCAAAGAACUGAUGCAGGAGGAUGCACCUCCAUCAGACAAAAUAAAGAGAAAGUCGCAGCAGAAGGAGGAGCCUAAGCUAGAGGGGGCGGAGUCAUUAGAGCAAUUACUGGAAGAUAUCCCCUUCCGGUCCAAUUAAAACUUGAGCAGAACUUUAGUCUUGCUCAAAGAUUUAGGAUCGACAAUAACCAAAUCCAGAUCCAUUCCUCCACCUGUAUUGGGGCUGAAUGCAAAGCUGUUCUGAGAUCAGUCUCUGAUGGCUUUUUUUUUCUUUUGCUCUUGUAAAUCAGCUCCAUGAAAAGAAGGCCCAGCUUGUUUGCAAAAGCCCUCCUUGAUUGGACAGACUGCUUGUAUUUCUGGAUUGAGGGAGAUGAUGUUGUGGAAGAUGGUGGGUAUCUUACCUUUACCUUUGUCACGCAUCAGCUCGAUUUUUGGCCUUUGCUAUUGCCAUAGAAACUUAGCUGCUCAGUAGAGCAUUUGUACCCAUCUAUUCCUGUGCUACACAUCUGUCUUUUCGUUGUAACUUUAUUCAUCAUAUAAUUUUAUUUACAUAUCUGUAAUCCUUAAAGGGAAUCUUGGGGAAAACCCACAGAUCCAGGAGGGAUCCAUCUUUUUUAUAUUUCUUGGUGGUACAAAAGUUUCUUGUUCCAAACUUACAUUGGGAAGGUUUGGAUUUUGAUAUAUUGUACAAAUGCUGCAUUCUCUCAGAAGGUUCCAGACUCAGAACACUUCGUGCAUUUAAACAUUUUGCUUUGUAAUGAUCUGAUAUACAGUGUUGAAAUGUUAAUUGUGUUACUGUAUGUUUCAAAGUAAGUGCCAAUCACAUCAGUCUUGUCAUUUCAGCCCUGAUUUUGCCCCAUCAGAUUUUUUUGUAUAGACUGGUUAGUGGACCAAACAAACCCUCCUCAACAACGGUUAUCAUAUGCAUGUAUCUUGCACACGGGUGUUGUUUUUUUUUUUCACAGAGAAGGGAUUACAUGUCCAUGGGCACAAAUGUAUAAAUUAGUUGUCGUUUAGACAAAAGUAGGCACCAGAUACACAUCUGAAGGCGCUUUGUUCACACUUAUCUCCAACAGGCACACGUUGACUACAUGCACAUAUCUUAAGUCGCCUUCUGUAUAGAGCGAGGUGUCAAUUAAGGCUACUGCCUUUCACUGAUGAGUCUUAAGUACCAAAAAAGCCCCUCCUUUCCAGAAGGGUGUUUCCAUAUCAACCCCAGCCUGAGAAAAAGUUUGCAUGGUUGCAUGUUUGCGUUGGCAAGGAAUUGUGUCUGUCUGUCUGUUUGCAUGAAGUCAGCAUGGUAUAUUUAGGGUGUAUCUGUAUGUACAUGAGUUUCUACGUGUGUGUGUGUGUGUGUGUGUGUGUGUGUGUGUGUGUGUGUGUGUGUGUGUGUGUGUGUGUGUGUGUGUGUGUGUGUGUGUGUGUAUGUACUCAAGUGUGCUGCCAUCUGUAAUUACUGUAUGGUACUAACCAUGCUGUCAUAAAUGCUAGCUUUCAUAAACAACACUGCGGUCUUUCUGCUGAGGAUAUCGCACACUGGAACACUGCCCAAAAACUGCUGAGACAAGUACAUGUGGGUGCAUGCGCUUACUGUUUAGUGUGUGUGUGCGCGCACGUGUGUGUGUUUGCCACCACCCCAAUCAGUGGACUCUAGCUGUUGCUGAAUUCCAGGCCUUGCUCUCUUUUUUUGUAUCUCGUAGCAAUCAGCAUAAAUGUUGCCAUGAUGUAAGAUCCAAGAAGAGCCCGAGAUGCUGUCAAAUGUUUCAUGCAAUAUUUAUUCCUAUGCAAAGACAAUACUGUGCAACCAGCCCUCCCCAUACCUGAUCUCAGGUCAGCCAUCACAUGUAAGAACUGCUGGACAAGUAUUUGCAGUUGCAGCCAAGGAAAUCGAUUCAAGAUCAGUGUAGAUGUCUUGGGUGGAAUCUCAUAUCUCCAAAGAGUCGGCUUUGUGGGAAUAAAAAAAAAAGUGAAUAUGUCUGCAUUGUCUUUGUUUCAAAUUUUUGAAUUCAUUCAGUAGAUCCUACAGUCAUGAGAAUCCCCUUUUUCCUUGCUGCACAGAGGAGAUGGCAUUUAUGGAAACCAAACUCCAAAGGAUUUAAUUGGAGAUGAGGUUUCUUUAACUCAAUGACUAUAUUUAAGUUCAGUUUCCAGGGCUACAUUUUAAUUACAGUCACAAUCGCUGGUUAUGAGUACAAUGAGUGAUAAUCUCGACAUGUUAUUGCAAGUAUUUGACCACUUGAGAACCCUUUAGUUAUUUGUUGCCUGCGUCAAAACGGUUGAGCACAAAUUGAAUGUGGGGGUUUUUUGUUUUUGUUUUUUUGCUUUUUUUGUUUUUCCACCUAAAUAGCAGUCAAAUGUUAGAGUGGAGCUGAAUUAAGGCCAGAAACUCAGCCAUACUGUGUGGAAAUUCUCAUUUUUAAUCUCUAGGUGUAUUUUUACCAGGUGAUUCUGUGUACCAUCUAUUUAAACAGUUGGAGAAGUUGAUGUAAGAAUUGAACCACCACUGGAGUAGAUUUUAUCAACCGAAUUCUUUUUUUUUCUUUUUUCUUUUUUUUUAAUGUUUCAUUUUUUAAGAGAUUUUCUAUAUGAAUUUUUACUGAUUAUUUUAAUGUAUGUUGAUGAAAUUCUAUUUUGUGGAGAGGCUGCUGUGUGUGUGUUCACCCAGUAGUGCACACAGUUGGCUGUUCUGUUUGUUCUGCAGAUCCAUUAAAAUG